AUGAAGUCAAUUACAACAUCAAUUGAAAUCAAUGCACCAGCUGCAAAAGUUCGGGAAUUCUUUUUAGAUUACAAAAACCAUAAGAAUUGGAAUCCAUUUCUUGUUAAUUUUGAAAAGUAUACCAAUAAAUCUAAAGAAGAAUUAUUAGUUGGUGAUCGUUUAAAAAUUGACAUGAAACCAAAGGGGAAUUCUUCUCCAAUGUCAAUGUAUCCUACUGUUUUGGUUAAUGAUGAAUAUGAAUUCAAAUGGUUGGGUGUUUUAUGGUUUAAUUGGUUAUUUAGUGGUGCUCAUUCAUUUAAAUUUGACAAAAUAGAUGGAAAUACCACGAAACUUGUUCAAAGUGAAAUCUUUGGUGGAAUCUUAAUUCCUUUAUUUAAUUGGAUGGGUAUAUUUGAACAGACUGAAGGGUCAUUUAUCUUAUUGAAUGAAGCUUUAAAGGAACAAGUUGAACUGUUAGAUUAA